AUGACGUCCCGCGAAACACCCACACCGUCUCUCACGAGCUCCAUUGGCCCAGCCACGGUCACAACUAAGGAGCAUUCUACCGCCGCUCAACAUCUGCAAACCAAGCCCACAAAUUGGCCGAGUGGUAAUGGCCAGUUAGUUGCUCGACAGGGCGGAGUCCGCAUACCGCAAGCGUCGCUUUCAAGCGAGGAUGACGCUGAGAGAACGGUGACUGGAAAUGAUGGCCUCUGUGUGUACGACCCCGUGUUAAACAUGUCUUGGUGUUCCGGCUUUGUAUCGACCGCUGGCCGGUCCAGCACAAGAAGGUCCAGCUCUUCUGGUGACGAUCUGACCAUCACCGAAGUCAGAACUUACUACGACUACUCUUACGCAACCAUCACCGAGACCUUUACGUCCACUACGCGUUCCUCCUCGAGAAGCUCCAGCAAUACUCGCAGCAGCUCAGCCCGCUCAAGCUCAAGCCGCUCUAGUAGAUCAGGCAGUCCCACAUCGGCAUUCAACGACGCUCCUCCGGUACCUGCCCCUCUGUCUCCCAAGGCGAGAGCUGGCAUCGCGGAGCGCUUCGAAGUGGACGAGUCUCUCAUCGUAACCCCGCACACUGAAACUGCUCCCCGCCCAUCUGAAGUCGAACGGCCCCUCUCGGCCGCCUUCUCGACUCUGUCGUGCGACACCAACCGGCCCCUGCCUGCACUGCCCCUCGUAGACGGUACUCGGCCACUGGGCAAUGAAAUGAGGGAGGUAACCACCCCGGGAAGCUCCUCACUGUCUGCCUCAAAAGUUCUGGCUGCCGCUGGAUCGUCUUCUAUGAUGCCUAAGACUAUUGCAAGCUCCACAUCGACAGCGAAGAUACCGCCAGGAAAUGCCCCAGAGUCGGUCAUCUCGCCUGUUCACCCCUCUGCAGUUGACGACACGGAUAUGGACGCUCCCCCACAGUAUGAUCCCCGGUGGUCAGCUGAGCGAAGCAUGCUCAGCAGCAGUCCUAUGAUGAUGAGGCCCUAA